UGGCUAUACUGGAGCUCCAAGAAAAAGGCGAAAUACAGAUGAUAUACGACAAGUGGUGGAAGAGUCCGGGCCUCACCUGUAUCCGGGAUGAGCUCAAUAAGGAGGGGAAAGCCUCACCAUUAGGGCUUGAGAAUAUUGGGGGCGUUUUCGUGGUACUCCUACUGGGCCUGGCGUUGGCAUUAUUCACAGCGAUGUCCGAGUUCUUCAUCAAAGCCAAGAAAAACGCACAAAAAUCUAGAGGGAAGCAAUCGAUUUGUACGGAAAUGCACGACGAGUUAGGCUUCAUCAUGAAGUGCGAGUACACGCGGCCUAAGCCGGGGACGGCCGGCCUACGGAGGUAUUGCUCAAAAUGUCACUUCAACUCAUCGUUCAUCACCACAUCCCUGGCCGUACCCCACGAUAAUGGGCGCCAAUUCUGGUAUCGAUUCCGGAGUUCACUGACACUCACACUCAUAGAUAGCGCUCAUAAGCAGCGCUAA